GCGGGCUGUGUCACGGGACAGACACGACGGCUCACUGAUUUGGUAGGCGUCCUACCAGCUUCAGCGGACACCGUAGAUUAAGAAUCGGACGGCGGAUCUCUCGCCUGCGUCAUCCGUCGCGAUGCGGUAAGCCAGCGCAGUUCGUCAUAAGCGCGAGCCUUUCUCCGGUGGAUGGUCAGCUCAGUCGGGUGGAGCGACGGCAGCGGUUAGACUCCGCACGCACGCUGUCUCGACUCGAGAGCAUCUCCUCGCCGCCUCCGUCAGCCCGAGACUGAGAGAGAGAGAAAUCGAAGGCCUGAGGAAGAGUAAUGGAGAGCAGCGAGGAGGAUGACGACUUUUUGGCGCACGAGUGGAUCACGCCGCAGUCCAGCGUCAACUCCGUCUACCAGUCCCACACCGAGAAGGGGAUCAGGAAAAUAUGUUCUGAACUUUUGGAGUUAAAGGAUGCUGUUGAAAAUCUUUGUGGGAACAUGCAGUCAAAAUAUCUAGCCUUCCUUAGAAUAUCUGAGGAGGUUAUCGAAGUGGAGCAGGAGUUAAUUGAGUUGCAGAAGCAUGUUUCUGCACAGGGAAUUCUUGUACAGGAUCUAAUGAGUGGUGUUUGCCGUGAAUUAGAAAUGUGGAACAAAUCCAACAGUGAUGAACUUGCUGUCCAAUCUGAACUUGAUAAUCACUUAAAUGGUGAUAUGGAGGACCCUAAGGUCACAUUUUUGGAAACUGUCGACAUCUUACUUGCAGAACAUAAAACAGAAGAAGCAUUAUUGGUAUUGGAUGCUGAAGAGAAGAGUUCUCCAGAGCUGAAGGAUCUGGGAGACGAUUCAACUGCUGCUGUUUCUGCAUUUAAGGCAGCAUUCCUGAAGAGAAAAGCCAUGCUUGUGGAACAACUCGUCAUGAUUUGUGAACAACCGUCUUUCUGCCUCCCUGAAUUAAAGAAGGCUUUGUCUGGUUUAACUAAGCUUGGAAAAGGUUCUUUGGCCCAGCAGUUACUGCUCAAAGCAUAUGGUUCUCGUCUUCAAAAAAGCAUUGAGUCAUUUUUGCCUUUAUGUACAAUAUAUUCAGAAACAUAUGCUGCUUCUCUUUCUAAACUUGUUUUUUCGACUAUCUCAUUGGCAACAAAAGAAUCUACUUUACUGUUUGGAGAUAUGCCUUCCUAUACAAAUCGAAUAGUACAGUGGGCUGAGUUUGAAAUAGAGUCUUUUGUUCGCUUGGUUAAGGAGAACUCUCCUUCACCUGAGACCAUUUGUGCCCUCCGUGCUGCUAGUGUGUGCAUCCAGGGUAGCCUAAGCCACUGUUCACUUUUGGAGUCUGAAGGAUUGAAAUUCUCAAAGUUGCUUAUGGUCCUAUUGCGCCCUCAUGUUGAAGAGAUCCUUGAUCUGAAUUUCAGACGAUCAAGACGAAGAGUACUUGAUUUAGCUAGGGACGAUGAUGUGCUGCUUCCUUCCGCUCAAGUGGGUUCAUCUCAUUUUGUUGCUUCGCCAUCUAACAUCAUACUUACAAGCAGCGGCAAGAAGUUUAUGUCCAUUGUCAAGGAUAUUUUGGAUCAGCUUACACCAUUGGCUGUUAUACACUUCGGAGGAACCAUUUUAAACAAGAUUCUUCAAGUAUUUGAUAGAUAUAUUGAAACAUUAAUAAAGGCCCUACCUGGCCCUUCUGAAGAUGAUAGCCUCAUGGAGUCAAAAGAUUCUUUAAAUUUUAGGGCUGAAACAGAUGCUCAGCAAGUUGCGCUCUUAGGAACUGCAUUUACUGUUGCUGAUGAACUGUUACCUAUGGCUGUAUUGAAAACCUUUGCACGGAAAAUUGAGAACAAGGAAGCUGGCGGUGGAUGCAAUGAAGGCAUUGGGCAAAAUCUCGUCAUUAGUGCUGCAGAAUAUAAGGAAUGGAGGCGCCAUCUCCAACAUUCAUGGGAUAAACUUAGGGAUCAUUUCUGUAGGCAAUAUGUCCUAACUUUUAUCUAUUCUCGAGAAGGAAAAGCAAGAUUAGAUGCUCGUAUUUAUUUGGAAGGGAAAGGGGAUGAUCUUUUCUGGGAUUGUGACCCAUUGCCAUCAUUGCCAUUUCAGGCAUUAUUCGGGCGAUUGCAGCAGCUGGCAAGUGUGGUCGGCGACGUCUUACUAGGCAAAGAGAAGAUCCAAAAAGUCCUACUCUCGAGGCUUACUGAAACUGUCGUGAUGUGGCUCUCAGACGAGCAGGAGUUCUGGGACGUCUUUGAAGAUGAAUAUGUCCAACUCCAGCCAUUCGGGUUGCAGCAGCUAAUUCUUGACAUGCACUUUAUCGUUGAGAUUGCUGUUUGUGGUGGAUACUCGUCCAGAAAUGUCCAUCAGCUUGUGUCUGCCGUCAUAACACGAGCGAUCGGAACGUUCUCUGCCAAAGGAGUCGAUCCUCAAAGUGCGCUUCCUGAGGAUGAAUGGUUUGUUGAUACCGCCAAGUCUGCUAUAAACAAGCUUAUGCUCGGGACGUCAGGAUCCGAGACGUCUGAACUUGAUGAGCAUAUCAUACUGCACGAUGAGAGCUCCGAUUUCGAUGAGACCCCUUUGAGUCCAUCGUCGAUCGAGUCUGUAGAUUCUUUUGCUUCGGCAAACACAGGUGUGAUAGAAAGUCCGACCGACCUCACCGAGCCGGAAGCUUGAGGCCAAUGUCAAUCUCGAUCUUGUUUGUACUUGAUUGAGUACUCUAUGGCCACGACAAUCAAAUAUACUAGAAGAAGAUAUAGCUACUAUCUGCGGGGUAAUUCUGAGUUAUGUCAUCUCUUGUUUUUUUUAUUUUUAUUUUUUAUUUUUUGUUUUUAGCGUUAAGCAUCGAAGCAAACCAUCGAGUAGGAAGGCAUUUAUGAGGGGCAACACAUUAGGGCAUAUGUAAUUGUCGCUUUUACCACAAAACCCUUUCAACACUUGGUUGUGUGGCCCCCAUAAUAUGUGCCAUUUUUAGUAUAAGAAAAAAAAUUAUGAUUUUUUUUUUUU